AGUAGCGUGCUGGUUUCCCAUCUGGUCGGUCUCCCUCCCAAUUUUCUCCCCCCUCGCACACACACACAGCUAGAGAGAAAAAAAACUAUGGGUGGAGUACGAGGAAUCCUAUUGGACGCUUCAAUCCUCGUCGCCGCCGACGACAACUGCGAUGUAAUUGGUGGUCCCACUCUUCGCGGUGGUGCUGAUUUCCUUUUCCGCGCCCUCCAUUUUUCCCAACUCCGCAAGGGAAUUCUUUUUGGAGAGGAUCUUUCAAUUGAGAAGGUCAAUCUUUUAAAAUCAAUGGCUGAAGUAUAUUCAUUCGAUUGUUUUAAACUCAGUAUUUCGUCCUUGGAUGCUGUUAUGAAAGAAAUAUCUGUAGCUUGGGAUGAUGUUGGAAAAGAAAUAUUGUUUGUACUUUCCAGCCACAAGAUGGAUCACUGUGAUAAGCUAUGUGACUAUGGGUUUUUGCUAAGUAUUAUAGAUGUUGAUACUGGGGCAGAUACAAAUAAACAUCCAAGUGCCCAUCAUAUCAAGAAAUUGGAAGAGCUCCCUUUGACUUUGUGCCGCUUGAAUAGAAAGGUAGCUUCCAAAGAGGUUAUAACAGUUGGCUACAGUAUGAAGCCUUCUCGGCAAGCAGAUUUUGCUAAGAGAGGUGCAUUUCCACUAUAUUCCAUCCAGCAUGAAUUGAUGUUUCUGCCGCUCAGUUACGAUCUGUCCAUACCUUCGCAGCUGCAAGAAAUUGAUGUCAUCCUUCAUAAAGCAACAGAUGAUAUUUUAUCUGUCGAGUUAAACUUGUCGCUUUCCCCUAAAAUUUCCUACACAAAUGGCAUGGAGGAACUGAGAAGGACCCUGCAGGAUCAUCCUCGCUGUUGUGUGAUUGAUCCGUUUAAUAAUAUUUACCCUGUUUUGGAUCGGCUCAAGAUCCAAUAUCUUCUGCUUGGGUUGGAGGAUCUAAACAGGGAAGCCUGCUCAAAGAUUAGGGGGGGCCAUUUUCUCCAGGUUGACAGUUAUAACGAUCCUAGUUUGACGGAAAGGCUGUUGGAGGCUAAGGUAUCCCUUCCAAACAUAGUGAAACCUCAAGUUGCCUGUGGUGUAUCAAGUGCUCACAGUAUGGCAAUUGUCUUUUGUUUAGAAGAUUAUAAGGAUCUCCAGGUGCCCUUACCAGCUAUAAUUCAGGAAUACGUAGAUCAUUCAUCCACAUUAUUCAAAUUCUAUGUUUUGGGUGAGAAAGUCUUCCAUGCAGUCAAGAAGUCCACACCUAAUGGAGAUGUGUUGAUGACAUUGUCCCAAGCAAAUCAGUCAAAGGCUCUGGUUUUUGACAGCUUGAAGUCCCUUCCCACUGCCGAAAAUAAUAAGUUCGGAGAUGAAGUUGUUGACCUCGAGCUAGUGAAGAAUGCUGCACAUUGGCUAAGAAGAAAGCUGGAUCUUACUAUCUUUGGCUUUGAUGUAGUUAUUCAAGAAGGUACUGGAGACCAUGUGAUAGUGGAUGUAAACUACUUGCCAUCAUUCAAGGAAGUACCGGAUGAUGUAGCAAUUCCUGCAUUUUGGGAAGCUAUUAAAAACAAGUUUCGGGAGAGUAAACAGACGAUUUGCCCUCCUUAGCAAGCCAAUGCCGAGGACAUGUGGAAUCUGAGUCUCGAGUUGUGCAUACGUUCUAUCGGAGGUCGUAGUAGACUGCUGUUUAAGUGUACAAAUCUGUAAUGUUUGUGCCUUUCCCUUUGGUUGCACCUUGGAUGGAGUUCUGGAAGUUGGCGAAGAUACUUAAUAUUUCAUGUUUGGAUGAUAAUGGUCAUCUCAUUUCCAGCACCAUGGUUUGUUGACUUGGUGCUGAAUGUUGACUGGAUCCGGAUGUCUAGGUUUUCCCAUAUUAGUGGGGCUUGAAGAAGUUUUGGAUAAUAAUGGCUAAACAAAUACUUCCUCUGUUUAUUUUGUACUUAGUAACUUGUAACGUGACAUCGUGGCAUGGACUAUAAGGAAAAAAAAGUUAGGGAAGGUAAAUGCACAAUAUCAAAAAUAUCAAUGGCGUCUUGGCCUAGUGUUUAA